AUUAAAUUAAAAACACGGAAGUGACGACAAAACUGCACGACGAAGUGACUGCUCAUCCAAACAAAAAUACUGCGGAGAGAUUCCUGAAAUGGUGAUACAGCAUGGACACACUGUCCAGUCAUAGCUGUUACCUGUUACAGCAGCUUCAUGAGCAGCGCAUCCAGGGUCUUUUCUGUGACUGCGUGUUAGUGGUCAAAGGAGUCAGCUUUAAAGCUCACAAGAAUGUAUUAGCAUCAUUCAGUCAAUAUUUUCGAACGUUGUUUCAGAACUCUUCUGGACAAAAAAUGGAAACAUUUCACCUUGAUAUUAAAAAUGUUGGAGGAAUUGGGCAGAUUCUUGAUUUUAUGUAUACAUCUCAUCUUGAACUAAACCAUGAAAAUGUGCAAUCCAUGCUUGAUAUUGCUCAGUAUCUUCAGGUACCUAAUGUGCUCAGCUUGUGCAGUAAUUUCCUAAAGCCCUUUACUUCUGUUGUGGAGUCAUCAAGCAUUGUCUCUGAGAAUACCUCUUUCCCAUUGCCUCAAGUUGCUCCAUCAGAUUCGGACAGUGUUCUGGACACUAAUACACCACCUGAGAUUGGACAACAAUGUGGUUCUGAAGCACAGAAACAAUUAUGUACUUCUACCAGUGUAGAACUCUCUAGAAGGCUUCAAUCAAAGUGUUUAAAUCAAAAUCAGUCAUUUGAAACUCUUAAUAGUGGUUCUGUUGAGCCUGAAAAACAAAUAUCACAUGGACUUAAACUGCGUAACUUUUACAGCAAGCAGUAUUUUAAGCAAAAUCCUGCUUUGCAGGGAAAUGUCAAUUUAAACCCAAAUUCACAUAAUGGUAUAGAAGAGACUUUUCCAUCUAAUGUAACAGAAGUUGCUAAUACUGUAGACAUAACAUUGUGCUCCUUAAGCAACAGAGAAUGCAACUCUGAAAUAUCUGACAGCUUACCGCCAGGUUUUGUUGUACAACCACUAGUAGAAGCUACUGUUAACCAAACAUCUCGGAGAGAAUCUGCAGCAGUUAGUAAACCUGUUUGUCCAAAGAAGACAGUCUACCUUAAAAAGUAUAAUUACUUAAGAUCCCAAGAAUCUUUUGAGGACACAACAGUGCAUCAAGAUUCAUUCAGUAAUACUCAAACUAAAGACAGUAACAAGCCUAUUUCUGGUAAAGAAGUUGGAGAUGCUGAUGUUAGUCAUUUACCUAUAGAUAAAGAUCUUCCAACCAUGCCAAGCUUGCAACAUGCUGAAACAUCCUCACAAGAAUCAGAGAUGAGGAAAGGAAAUUCUUCAGUUAAUACUUCAGAUUAUUCUCUCCCUCAGGUUUUCCAGAAACAGUACUGUUGUGAAAUGUGUGGAAAAAUAUUCAAGCACCCAAGUAAUUUGGAGCUUCAUAAACGUUCUCAUACAGGUGAAAAACCUUUUCAGUGUAAUAUCUGCGGAAAAAACUUUUCUCAGGCAGGAAACCUCCAAACUCAUUUACGGCGACACUCAGGUGAAAAACCAUACAUAUGUGAAAUCUGUGGAAAAAGCUUUGCUGCUUCAGGGGAUGUGCAACGUCAUAUAGUGAUUCACACUGGAGAAAAACCUCACCUAUGUGACAUUUGUGGCAGAGGAUUUAGUAAUUUCAGCAACCUUAAGGAACAUAAGAAGACCCAUACAUCUGACAGUAUGUUUACCUGUGACCAAUGCGACAAAUCUUUCAAUAUGCACAGAAAACUCCUGAAGCAUAGAGUCAGACACACCGGAGAGAGGCCAUAUAGUUGUGCAACAUGCGGAAAGUGCUUUGCAGGAUCUGGAGAUUUACGGAGGCAUGUCCGAACACAUACUGGUGAAAGGCCUUAUACCUGUGAAACCUGUGGAAAGUGUUUCACUCGCUCUGCUGUUUUAAGGAGACAUAAGACCAUGCACUGUAAGACUGGAGAUGGUCAAGUUUUGGAGGAUCUUGGAGAGGUUGAAUCCCCUUACUUACAGUCUGUGUGCCAAAAGGAACACAAUUCUGAAGCAUUUUCAUCCAUACUGCCAGACUCUAGUAAACUUCCUCCACAGACAAACGAGUCUGGUCCUACCGUGGGCUUUAAUUCUGCCACCUCAAACUCUUUUCCUGAUCUUGGCUCUAUAGUACAGCCUCAGCUUAUUUCUCCAGAGGGAAAAUUAUGUGCUGAUCUUGUUAAAGUUCCAAAGCCUCAUAGACAAAAUGAACACUUUUCAUAUGAGCAGCAUCAAGUUACUAAUGAUGGAGAACAUUUGCAGGGCACAAACACAUCCAUGGUCCGCCAAUCUGUGUCAAACUUGGAUUCUCAAUGUAAUGUUACUUUAGGAUCUCGGAUUAAUUCAGCCUUUUACAGGAAUAAUGAGGGACCGUUUAUCUCAAGCAUGACUCUUUGGGGAUUGGCCAUGAAGACUUUACAAAAUGACAGUGAGAUGGAGCAGUGAUUUGUAUAGUUCAUAACUACUAAUGUAUAUUUUUGAAAAGACUAAAAAUUAACCCACUGUCUGAAAAAUGAUAAUAUAUGUUAGACUUAUAUUUUUAUUUUUUUGCUUUUGCUUAUAAUCUUAUGUUAGGCAUUGUAAUAUGAGACUUAAUUAUGUUUUAUUGUAAUAUUUAAGCCUAGUGUAAUUAGUUGUAUUGUAAACAUAUUAAAAAUCAUUACAUACAAGGUGAUUCACCAUGAUCAUAUGGUUUGUAUCAAAUAUAUUUUUGUUAAGGAAAUAGACAUAUCCAAACGUGCUACACUGAAAUAAAAUUAAAACUGA